AUGAAUUGCGAGGCAAAAUCGGAGACUGGAGCUAUCUCCGCCGCUCAAGAGGAGGAGGAGGAACUAAGCGAGAGAGUUGUGUACAUGUGGGGUUACUUACCCGGAGCCUCGCCGCAACGGUCGCCUUUAUUGUCACCGGUCGUGGUCAAGAUUCCUCCGGCAGUCGAUAUCUCCUGGAAAGAUGUUUCCGGCGGCGGAUGCGGUUUCGCAAUGGCUACCGCAGAAUCAGGGAAGCUACUUACAUGGGGUUCAACAGAUGAUUUAGGUCAAAGCUAUGUUACAUCUGGGAAGCAUGGGGAAACUCCAGAGCCUUUUCCUCUUCCUCCAGAUGUUUGUGUACAGAGAGCUGAAGCUGGAUGGGCUCAUUGUGUGGCAGUAACAGAGAACCAUGAAGUUUAUACAUGGGGAUGGAGGGAGUGUAUACCCACAGGGAGAGUGUUUGGACAGAAAGAUGAACAUUCUCGUGAAAGAAACAUUUCUUUUUCUACAGAACAAGCGAGUCCUAGUUCUCAAGGGAAAAAAUCUAGCGGUGGAAGGUCUUCUCAAAGUGAAGCUAGAGGUGGAGGGGAAUCAACAAAGAAAAGGCGGAUUUCACCGUCAAAGCAAGCUGCUGAAAAUGCAUCACAGUCCGAGAACAAGGACCUCUCGGCAUUGCCUUGUCUUGUAUCGUUGGCUCCAGGAGUUAGGAUUGUCAGUGUUGCUGCUGGUGGACGUCAUACUCUAGCAUUAUCAGAUAUUGGACAGGUGUGGGGUUGGGGUUAUGGAGGAGAAGGACAGCUUGGAUUGGGCUCUCGUGUACGCCUCGUCUCUUCUCCUCAUCCUAUUCCAUGUAUUGAGCCUUCUUCUUAUGGAAAAGGAAGCUCCGUGGCUGCUUCCGAUGUAAACAUGAGUUCGGAAGUACAAUGCGGCCGAGUUCUUGGAAGUUAUGUAAAAAGAAUUGCAUGUGGAGGGCGACACAGUGCGGUGAUCACAGAUACUGGAGCACUCCUUACAUUUGGUUGGGGGCUAUAUGGACAGUGUGGUCAGGGGAGCACAGAUGAUGAACUAAGUCCUACAUGUGUGUCGUCUUUGUUGGGAAUCCGGAUAGAAGGAGUGGCUGCAGGUCUAUGGCACACAGUUUGUGUUUCAUCUGACGGUGAUGUGUAUUCGUUUGGUGGAAACCAAUUUGGCCAGUUAGGCACUGGUUGUGAUCAAGCCGAGACUCUUCCAAAAUUAUUGGAGGCUCCAAAUUUGGAAAAUGCAAAUGUAAAGAUUAUCUCCUGCGGCGCUCGUCACACCGCUGUAAUCGCAGAUGAAGGGAAAGUAUUUUGCUGGGGAUGGAACAAAUACGGUCAGUUGGGUUUAGGAGAUGUGAUUGACCGGAAUGCUCCUUCGGAGGUCAGAAUCAAAGAUUGCUUCCCCAAAAACAUAGCGUGUGGUUGGUGGCAUACUCUGCUUCUAGGCCAAUCCACUCCCUGA